UUGAUUGUUCCUGGAAUGGUCGCGACGGUGGUUGGUGCCUGGUUCUUAGGAAGACAACACCCCCUAUUAUGGCUGCGUUUUGUUGGAUCUAGCCUUGGAAUGGGUGAAGAGGCUCCUGAGUUUCGCGUUGACCGCAUCACCUUGGGGUCCAAGGAUUGCCAAGAGAAUGCCAUAGUUGUUGGCGAUAAGACGUAUGUAAUUGGCAGAACAGAUGAUGACUCAAAGUCAUCCUUUGGCAUCAAAAUUCUGGACAAACUAACUCAGACCUGGAUUGUGCCGACAGUACUUGGAGCGCAGCCUCCAUCCAAGUCACACUCAGCAAUUCUUAUAAAUGAGGAGAAGAUAUUGGUUGUUGAGAAGGGUGUUUCCUUGAAUGAUUCCAUCUGGUUCCUUGAGAUAGAUACCCCCUUUGUUAAACAACAGCGGAAAAUCAAGGGUUCAGAAGUUGUUUCCUGGAGCAAGGGAGUACUUGGUGUCGCCCAAAAACCAGUUGUGAUUAGUGGGCCAUCUGGUGUUGGUAAAGGGACGCUAAUAGCAAAAUUGAUGAAAGAGUACCCAUCGAAAUUUGGGUUCUCUGUUAGCCACACUACAAGGUCUCCAAGGGUGAAGGAAAUAGAUGGUGUCCACUACCAUUUUGCUGGAAGAAGCAAGAUGGAACAAGAUAUAAGUGAGGGGGAAUUCCUUGAAUUUGCUCAUGUUCAUGGAAAUCUCUAUGGGACGAGUAUUGAAGCAGUUGAAUCUGUUACUGAUGAGGGGAAGAGGUGCAUUCUCGACAUUGAUGUCCAAGGAGCACGAUCUGUGAGGGCUUCUUCUCUUGAAGCAAUAUUCAUCUUUGUAUGCCCUCCGUCAUUCGAGGAACUAGAGAAGCGCCUUCGGGCACGGGGCACAGAAACAGAGGAACAAAUCCAAAAGCGACUUAGAAAUGCUCGUGCUGAGCUUGACCAGUCCAAUUCACCAGGUCUUUUUGAUCAUCUUUUGGUAAAUGAUAACCUUGAAGCAUGCUAUGAGAAUUUGAAGAAGUUGCUUUCAUUGGAUGAUGACCACAAAGAUUCAGAUGGUUGUUUCAUCGAGGAUGGGAAAGCAACCGCAUGUUAUUCUAUCAUGUCCAAAACAGAGUCAGAAGUUUUUUUGCAAUCUGAAACUGGCGAAGUAGUAAAAGCAGCUGCAAACUUGCUAGCAGUCGACUUAUCCUCUCUCACAGGUGGCGCUCCUGGACGAACAAGAGGUCUUAAGAUACACUCAAUUAACUCCAUUGACAACUGUCUGAAGGGCAUUAGAUAACCCAAAACAUUCUUACAAACGAUGUCGCAGAAGUGUUGACUGAUGGAUUUUGGAUCAAUUAGUGAGGUAUAACAGCUUCAGAAACAUAUUAGUUAGAGAAAAAGCAAAACAUAAGGGAUUUAUUUCCAUUUAUCAUUUGUUUGCCGGAGAGGCGCUUCGUUUGUUCUUUGUACCAGAAUGAAUGCCAGAGGGAUUGUACCUCUUAUUGUUGAGGGUUUGUGUACCUUAUAUUUGUUCAGUGGAACAUAUGUCGAGGGCCUAUCCCAACCAUGUUUUGUUUGUUUGCAAGAAUGAAGAAAUCAGGUGAUGUUAUAAUGUUA